AUGCAACGGCCACUGGACUCCAGCCGCGUUGUCGAACUUGCGGAAAUGCGACAGCUUCUUGAAGGAGUCGCAAAGAUUGAACCCGAUCGGGAUUGUGAGCGUGAGUCGCUUUGCACUGUCACCAUUCCGACUCCCCGGUGGAAGCACAGUGCCGGCUGGUGUCUCCGUCUCGGCACCAUCUAUGAUGAUGACUCGCUUUGGACCGAUCCGACAUCCUUUGACGGCUACCGAUUCGAGAAGUUGCGCACGAUCAAGGGUAAUGAGCUGAAAUUUCAGUAUGCGUCGACGAGUACAUCGGAGUUGAACUGGGGUUACGGCACUCAUGCAUGCCCUGGCCGUCACUAUGCCAGCAAUCAGAUCAAGCUCAUGAUUGUGUCCUUGCUUUCCAGAUACGAAUUUCAGUUUGAUCAUGAACAAACGGAUAAGAAAGCCAUAGUUGAGAGGCCUCCGAAUGUGGUGGAUGGAGUUCGCAUCAUGCCAAACCCUCAAACGCUGGUGAUGGUUCGGUCGCUGGGCAACGUUAAUGAGGGUUGUGAAUAG